AGACUUGAAAUUUUAUAUUUGGAGGGCAGAGAGAGAGAGAGAGAGGAACAUGGUGGUGGUGUGAAUAAAGCGAGGGAGGCCAGGAAAACAUAAGCCUAAAAAUCUGGAGCAUGGGGGUUGAUCCGGCAGCAGGCAAAAUGACGUCGCAGGUGGCCUCGGCUGAACUGCUACGACAAGCAACUGAACGCAUGCGCAAACUCUUGAGGAUAGGUUAUAAAGUUGACUCAAAGGACAUCUUUCAACUCUGCAUUUUGCUUGCCAAGGCAAUUGAUUCUGCAGUUGUCUAUAAUCAAGUUCCAGCUAUGGUACACGAUUUACCUCAAUUAGUGAAACAGGUUUUUGAACGAAAAGAGGACACUCGACUUCAGCCAGCAAUAAUGGUACUUAUGCUAUCUGUCAAGAAUGCUUGUAGAAAUGGUUGGUUUCGUGUUACAGACACAGAUGAACUUCUGACAAUGUCUAAAGAGCUAACAAGUUGCUUCACAAGUAUGGGGGAGACACCUACAAUUGAGACGAGCAAUGCUAUGAACAUCAUCUCGAGCAUUAUUCCUCGGUUUUAUCCACGGUUGAGCUUGGCAAGCAUUCUAGUUUCUCUCGAAGUCAAGCAAGGUUAUGAAGUUCUUGCAACAGACUUUCAUAUUGGCAAGAGACCUGCCCCACAUGAAAAAAUACGUUUGCUUGUAGUUCGCGCUGAUGGUUUAGAGACUUCUGCUUGUCUUGUAACUCCAUCUCAAGUCAAUUUCUUACUAAAUGGGAAGGGUGUUGAAAAGCGAUGCAACCUGUCAAUGGAUACAGGUCCACAAAUGCCAACAGAUGUAACAAACAUGCUUAAGAUUGGCACAAAUCUAUUGCAGGCCAUUGGGGAUUUCAAUGGUAAUUAUUUAAUUGCUAUAACUAUGAUGAGUGCCUGUCCAUCUGCUUCACCACCUUCAAAGCUGCGUGAUUAUGUUCCUGCUGCUUCAACAUAUUUAUCAGAUGAUGAACUAUCAGAAGGACCAGCAAGGAUAACACUUCACUGUCCCAUAAGCUACCGUCGCAUUGUGACUCCAGUAAAGGGUGCAACAUGCAGACAUCACCAGUGUUUUGACUAUGAGAAUUUUAUGGAAAUUAAUUCGAGACGACCUUCAUGGCGCUGUCCAUAUUGCAAUGGACAUAUCAGCUGCCCUGAUCUGCGCCUUGACCAAAAGAUGGUACAGGUCCUGAAGGAGGUCAGUGAAAAUGUUACUGAUGUAAUGAUAAAGGCCGAUGGAUCAUGGAAGGCAAUGGCCGAUAACAUGAAAGAUAAGUCACAAGAAAGCAACGAAAUAGAUGUGGAUGAUGCUUUGGAUUCUGAGGGACAAUCAGGCAUUUCAAAUAGUGUCAUUGAUUUAACAGCAGAAAGUAGUGAACCCCAUGGAUUGAAUACUAUUGGGGGACAUUCCACAAGUUUACAGGGUCCUUCAAAUGCUUUUAAUGCUGGAUAUAAGUACAGGGAUACAAGUGGUGCAGUAGAUAGGAAACCUGAUUCUGAAACCUUAAGGAGGAUUUGCAUUAAUGAUCCAUCUCCUAGUGCAUUACUGGAUAACACUAUGCAAACUAGUAACAGAUUAAAUGCACAAGUGGGACCAGCUCCUCUUGCAAGAGAUAGAAAUCAGGUUUCUGUUUCUAUUGGAAGCAACGUUAUAUCCAUGCCAGGCCAGGACCAUUUGCGUCCUGGGGUUGCAUCUGAUAACUCAUUUGCCCCUGUAUAUACUGAUGCAGUCAGUUCUCCACUCAGUCGAGGACUUGUAGAGGCUCGGAAUUUGGCUCAAGCUGUAAAUCCUUUGCAAAGUUUGCCAUCAACUAGAUACUUUGUUCCUACUGAAAAUCGAGAUUUACAUUUGGCGCAUUCUAUUCAUGGAACUUCCAAUACUGCUGGUGAAGUUGAGAGACACUCAAGUAGAUUUGUAACAAGGGCACCAAUUGCAAUUCAAGCUUUGCCAGCACAGACUCAGGUUGCAAAUACAAGGCCAAGGAACAAUGUGCUCCGUUCAAAUUCCUCUAUACAGCUUGGUGGUUCUUCAAAUAUGAGUCAGCAAACUGCUCCACUGGCAUCAUCAAAUACUAGCCUUGAGACGGCAAUGUAUGCUGAGCUUGAAAUGCAACAAUUGCUUUCAAGGCAAAGCCAAAAUCCGCAGCCCAUUGUAGAUCAUCCAGCAUCCUUGCCAAUGCAUUUUCAGCCACAUUCACAGAAUCGGGACAAUCAAGAUCGUCAGCAUCGUGUGAUUCAGAGUUUUCCACCAGAUAUUCUCCAGAUACCUACACAAAGUGGUGGAAGGAAUAAUAUAGAUCUGCAGCACGCAUCUACUUCACGAAACUCUGUUCAGUUUACCCAAGAACAACAAAAUCAACAAUUGAUUAAUCAAUUCUAUAGACAACAACAAAGGGUGCCUUCUCUAAUUCAGCAAGUUGGGCAAUCGGGAUAUAGACAAUCACCCACUGUUUCUAACGUUUCUGGUUUGGCACCAUCACCUGUGAUGAAUCAGCAUUCUCACACAGCCCAAAGAACUAUGCCUAAUCAAAGACCACAUUCAGUGCAAUUUUCUAGGGCCCUUUCAUCUACAAAUUCAACCUUUCAAAGGAACAGCGCUUCAGUUCCACAGAACAUUGACCAUUCCAGAAUUACAGGGGGAGACCAAAGAUGGAAUUCAUCAACAACAGCACCUGUUAUAUCAUGUGCAGAAGGAAUUCAAGAAACAUCACUCGAACAAACAUGGAGGCCUACUGGAAGGAUGAGGGGGAGUAUUGCUGGUGCUGGCCGUAUUGUAAACAGUGGUGCACCACCUUAUUUAAAUCAGCAUAGCACAUCGUCUCAUGCGAGGGGAUUAGUUGGUUCUACACAAUCUGCUGGGCAUGCAAACUUGUUAGGCGCUACACAUACUAAUAUGAUGCAAAGACCUCCGUUAAAUACAUGGAGUGGGGAUGUACAUAAUCCUGGUUCACUAUGGAACCCCAACAAUGGGACACAUCUUAGAUCUGCAGGAGGUAACAUGGCCACACAAGUGCAGGGCUCUGAUCCAAACAGUCUGAACUCAGUGGGAAACUCUGAGUUGGAGUGGUUAGGAAUGAUAUCAGAUCUUCAAAUGCCACCAAAUGAUGCCUCACAGAUGCAGGGUUGAGUAGACAGCUACUGUACAGUACUGAUGACAUCCAGAGUGUGAUUUUUUCAGUUUCAAAUCAACUGACAACAGAAUUUUUUUUUGAGCCCUUGCUUGUAAAGUUAUUUACGAGGAUGUUGUCAAUCUUUGAUGGAAGUUUGAUGAAUGAAACCGCCUGAUUAUUUUGUUAGUGCACGCCUAUUUCUUUUAACUGAGGAAAUAUGGACUUACUGGAGAAAAAAGUUUGUAAAUAUGAUGACAUUACUAAUCAGCAUAUAGGGGGUUGUCAUGUAGUUUGUAUUUACUAUUUUAUGUUUAGGAUAAACCAUAAUUUCUUGGUAUUUUCUCUAAAUGAAUGUAUGCUGAGUUUCGAGAGGCAGUACAUAGUGUUUCUUUGCAAGGACAUAAAGAAAAUGAACGAUGAAUCAAAUGCUGCUCUUUUCUUUGUGGAGUCUUUUGUGGUCUUUUGAACGUACUAUGUGAGGAAAAUUGGUUCAUCUUCCAGUGAGAAGUAUUCUAUUGAAGAUGAAGCAGCAGGAUGGAAUUUCUAAUGCUAAGAUUUAAAGAACUACCAUUUAAACCAUUGCAGAGGGUUGCCCAAAUAAGGGCUACCAGUGUUUCAUAUCCUCCUAUGUUAUUGAAAAUGGUAAUAUCCAAAAAAAUGAAGAUGUAUAUGCUAUAUAUGGGUUAGCUGAGGACAAAUUCUAUGUAUUCCGGAGCUUGCCAGUAUUGACACAGCUCUUUUAUUUUGUCCUCUCACUUGAUCACAAGCUACUAUUCUGCUUGGUAUUUUUCCUAUCAGCAACAUGAAUAACCGGCAUUUGACUCUUGACUAGUUAUAGUUGCUUAGCAUCAAUAGUCUUGUUUUGAUAUUUGAUGGUGUCUUCAACUACAUUCCACUUUGAAUGAA